CACGCACGUGAUCAUGCAGCCACGCCUUGUUUGUAUAAUUUUAUUUGCUAGCUGUUUGCAGAAAUCCGCUGUCCCUCUUCUUUAUCUUUAUUAAGCUGAGUAAUAAGCUCAACUUCAUUGCUGUUAUGAUCUAUACCCAAUCAUUAGUCUUGCUCAUAGCGACCAGUAGCUUCGCGACUGGCUUUGAUGUGAAUGUGAUCUGCUAUUUGGUUUUACUUCUCCUCCUCUUAUCAGGAGAUGUUGAACUCAAUCCUGGUCCUAUGAUUGAUGAUCAACCAUCUUGCAUCUUAUUUGCAAAAUAUCUUCAAACACUUCAUGACUGGAAGCCAUUUGCUCUUUGUCUUCCUGGUGGGAUUGGGAUAACACAACUUGAUGUUGAUAUAAUUAAAACAAAAGGAAGCUCUUACCUCAGGAUGGAGGCAUUACACAAGAGAUGGUUACAAGUUAAUCCUACAGCAUCAUGGAGAGAUGUCAUUAAUGCUUUGAAACAAUGUAAAGAGAAUGAACUAGCUAGAACUAUUGAAGUAAAAGUAAAAAAUUCCACUGGAAAAUGUCUUGAUGAUAAAAUGGAAGUCAAUACAGGAGUCAUUGCUGUAGAUCAUAUUCAUAUUACAGAAAUUAGUAAAGCAACUAAUCUUACUGUAAAAGGAAGAAAUGACAGUAAUAAUGAUGCUAAAACAGGUAAAUUACUAAACACAAACACUUCUAAUAACUGA